GUUUAUGCUGCGGACGGAAAUGGCCUACAAGGUCGAUGGAACCAGAAUUUUGGCCAGACAAUGGGAGCCGUGUUUGACUCUCAGCGUAUGGACAUGCGGUUUGGGGACCUCAAAGCUACCCUGAGCGACUAUACCAAAGUCCCGACUCGGUGAUGCGCACGAUCGGGGGGCAAGUGAUUGCGACGGGGGAGUUUAAGGUCUUUUGGGUAGAUGCCACGAUUUUCAGAUGGCCAUCAACCAAGAGGGCUGGAUAGCCGAGUAUAUGGCCGCCCUCGGGCUCAAGCACGGCUACCUAUCCAUCUAUAACCAAACCAUCUUUCUCAAGGUGGAGGUUCCUGCGGGUAAGCGAUACACCGGGCUCUUCUACUCCGAUGUAAUUGAUUGGUCGGAUACGUCUGUCACCCUUCGGCAAGCUUUGUUCUACUUCGCCAUCAAGGCACGCAGCGAUAUCUAUCAUACUGUCCAGAUCUCGAGGAACGCCCAGUGGACUGUAAUGGGCAAGAAAUUGGUGGAUACAUAAUCGCCUAAUGCACUUGUGUGGCAGCUUCUACAUACUAUCAGCCGCCGAGGGGGGUGACAGCUGAAGGGGGCAGCUGAUAAAUACUUGGUCGUAAAUAGCAGGGAUAGGAACGGAG